UACAGCAAGCCAAUUUCCCUAUACUGUAUUGGCUCGUUCCAAGCUGCUAACAAAUUCUGUCAUGGCAUGCAUGUGGAUCCCAGGGCUAAUUCUCUUCUUAAUACAAAUCCUAAUACUACUAGUUCCUGAAUGUAGCGCAAAAGUUCCAGCCAUCAUAGUGUUCGGGGACUCAUCUGUGGAUUCAGGGAACAACAAUUUUAUUUCCACAAUUGCGAAGAGCAAUUUUGCACCUUACGGCCGUGAUUUUCCAGGGGGUAGUGCCACUGGGCGAUUCUGCAAUGGCCGCCUUCCUCCUGACUUCCUCUCUCAGGCUUUUGGCCUCAAGCCAGCUAUACCUGCCUAUUUGGAUCCAAUGUAUAACAUACAAGAUCUUGCUACUGGUGUUUGCUUUGCUUCUGCUGGAAGUGGCUAUGACAAUGCCACUGCUGAUGUGCUAGGAGUGAUCCCUUUAUGGCAAGAGCUGGAGAACUACAAGGACUAUCAAAGGAGAAUGAAAGCCUAUCUUGGUGCCAAGAAAGCGAAGGAAAUAAUAACAGAGGCUUUAUAUAUAAUGAGCUUAGGAACAAAUGACUUCUUGGAAAACUACUACACCAUCCCUGGCCGAAGAUCACAAUUCACGAUCCAGCAAUACCAGGAUUUCCUCAUCGGACUUGCUGAGGGCUUUGUUAAGAAACUUUAUGCUCUCGGAGCUCGGAAAUUAUCCCUUACAGGGCUUUCUCCAAUGGGGUGUUUGCCGCUGGAGAGAGCUACAAAUUUUAUGCAUCCUAACAGCUGUGUGAAGGAAUACAACGAUCUUGCUUUAGAAUUUAAUGGAAAAUUGAAUCAAUUGGUGGCAAAACUGAAUGAUGAACUUCCUGGAAUGAAAGUGUUGUUUGCAAAUCCAUACGACUUACUGUUGCAACUCAUCACAGCACCCUCACAGUACGGAUUUGAGAAUGCAGAAGUAGGAUGUUGUGGCUCAGGAACAUUUGAGAUGGGAAUUAUGUGUACUCGAGACCAUCCACUUACAUGCACAGAUGCCGACAAAUAUGUAUUUUGGGACGCCUUUCAUCUCACUGACAGAACAAAUCAAAUAAUUUCGGCUUAUUUAUUCAAGGAUCUUAAGUCAAAAUUUCUUUGAGUUGCAGUGUGAUUAUUGGUGGUUGUCUGGUUGAAUUUCGGAUAAAAAGGAAGGUAGCUAUAAUCAUGGGUGAUGAAUGAAUACUACGGUGGUAUAUGUAUGGACUAUGGUGUUUAGAGAUAGCAAUGAGUAUGGGUCUGGAUUUACAAAA